AUGAGAGCGAGUCUCACGUGCACAUCUUACAGCGGAGCAGCUUCGUCAGGGACUUUCUUAACCCGAGGCAUUGUCAAAUACCUGGCUACCUGUGAGACAUUGACAAGGGUUCGAUCCAAAGGGAACAACAAUGGUUGGCUUGCCUCCAAACAUCCGAAGACUAUUGUUCAAAGCGACGCUGUUCGGGGUUAUUUUGCUGGCAGUUGCGCAAUUUCUGUAUAUCCAGAAAAUUUCCCGAUCGAGCCUUUCUCUGCAGAACUGUGAGGAAAGCUUAAGAGAAAUCACUAGAUUAAAAAGCGAAAGUGAGAUAUUUAAUCGGACUAAAAAUAAAGUCAAAGUCACUUUUCCUCAGAAGCCCCCUACACCUGAAAAUCUCCAUACCCCUCAGAAGCCACCACAGACAUCCCCGCAGGAUCAAAAGGUGCCACCUAUGCCUCUCUACCGGGACCUGUUCGUCCAAGACACCUGGCCAGGUGUGGAUCUAAGCCUCGAUCUGUCGCUAGGAGGCCUGCCUCGGACAGUGUACUAUCUGUGGUGCGGUGACAAGCAGUUCCUCUUUCGACACUACCUUGUUCUCCUCUCCUCCAUCAGGAUUCUUCGAGCCUCAAAGAUAAUCUUUAUGCACGACCAUCUGCCGCAGAACGACGGCAACCUCUACAACACCUGGUUUGACGAGUUCAAAUACUCCGUCCCCAAUUUCCAGCUGCUUCAAGUCGCUGGUACUUGUGGGAGAAAAGACUCACUGAAGGCUGUGUUGGAGCUCUUGCCGACAGAAGGAGCAAUUGUUCUGGGCGAAAAUGCCCUUAUUCCUCGUCUGCCUACAGGAAUAGAACACAUGCCGUUAUGGUUGGCCUUGUCUGGCGAGGACGUCAGUCGUGGAGUGCUGAUCGCGCAGCGUGGCUUCAACAACACAAAGUCACAUGACUAUCUCCGUGACGUCAAGACAGUCAAAUCCUCUUGCGUCACAGCGGAGCAGUACACGGUGCCUGUUGACGACAUUCAUUGCAUCAUAGUCGACAGUGACGUACAUCCUCGUGACGUAUGGCAAGGGCAGACGCCGUUCGCGGAGCUGGCUCGCUGGCUGUAUUACGGCAGGCGCUCCCCGAUACUUGCCCUUCCUGACCCCAGCCGACCCAUCCCGCGUAUCGCGCACUACGUGUGGCUGAAGGCUGACCCCUCAGCUGCUGACCGUGACCUGCCCUUCUCCAAGUUCCUGAGCAUGAUCAGCGCCCUCUACGUCGGGGGCUUUCAACACGUGUAUGUCCAUGGCAACGUGGAACCUGAAGGCAAAUGGUGGCAACAGCUACGCUCGGAGAAUGUCACCUUCGUCAGAAUCGAGAAGCCGACUCCCAUGUUCCAGAUGGACUUUCCUAUUCUAUGGCCAACAGCGACUUCCUCAGAGCAAUCCUUCUCUUGAAUUACGGUGGAGCCUACAUGGACACCGACGCCGUGUGGACGAGUCGGGUGCCGGACUGGUUGCUACACUACCCGGUCGUGGCAACGUUCGACUGGCAAAAUUGGGACCCCUGGCCCAACGCCUUUAACCUGGGCGUCUUGCUAGCCCGACCACAGGCUCCAUGGUUACGUCAUUGGUUGACCACGUUUCGUCACUACCAGUCGUCAGAUUCCGGCUUCACGGCCAUCAUGUUGCCAUACCGGGUGUACGAACACUACCCCGAUGAACUUUACGUCUACAGUCGAUUACAGGUGAUAUGCUACUUUGAAAAAUGCCAUCCGACGUGGGAGAAGGACUCCUGGCAAGAGUCAUACGACUGGAAACCGACGACGUUUAACGUCACAGGUGUACACGCCAUACACGUCACCCAUCCAAAUCCCGUUGCGUCAUGGGAGACACCGAAGACAUUAAAGAAGGGGACCGACUUUUUUGCGGAGGUCGGCCGCCAUGUUCUCAAGCAAAGCGGUAGGAUGCACCUGUUACAGACCUCAGAAAGGGCAUCUUUUGGUGAAGAAGGGUAGGGCUUAGAAAGACUUAGAAAAGAUUAAAGACUGUCCAUUAAGUUUUUAUACUGUUUACUCUGAGUAUAUGUUUACUAUGUCAUUCGCACAUUUUCUCAGUAUGGAUACAUUUACUGAUAUUUUUUAUAAGCUUUAUUUACUCAUGAACAGGGUUUUAAAAUCUUGCUAUUCACAUCAGAAGACUGUAGUAUGGGUAUACUGUCUACAUUCCUCGUUCUGAGGUACUUAUAUUUUUUAAGUUUAUAAUUGCUUGAAGUAUGCCACUGCAGUGAUAAUUUCCUUUUUUUAAGUUGCUUAUACAUCUUUUAAUGGAGCUAUCCUUUUUAAUCCUAUAAAUGUGCAUAGAAAUAAAUUAUAAAG